GGCAGUGGCAGCAGUGGCACUAGAAGAAGCAACAGAAGGAGCAGCAGCAGGAGCUGGAGCAGCAGAGAAACCAGGAGCGCCCGCAACCCACCGCAUCGAUGGGAAAUGGACACAGAGCUGGGAAAACUAGCUCAGCCUAGCUCAGUGCGUUUGUGUGUGUGUAUGUGUGCGCGAACCCGUGACAGUUGAAGAAGCAGAAGCAGCAGCAGUGGCAGUGGCAGUAGCAGUGUAUGUGUGUGUCCGUCACUGAAGAAGAAAAGGGAAAAGAACCGAGCUAGUGCGAUGCUGAAGGACUAGGGCUAAGCGUCGAGGUUGCGAGUGUCGUGAAGAGGGCCGUCAAUCUGAUUGACCAGCAGGAGGAGCAGCCCGCAACAGCCGUCGCCCUGGCGUCGUUUUGCGAGCGCGGCUUGAUGCCCGAUUCGAUGAUGGACAUGGAGCACAGGGACCACCAGCUGCACCGCCAGCCGCAGCAGUCGCACCACCAUCAGCCAUCCGCUCGCCUGGCGGCCAGCACGAGCACCUUUGCCCCGCCAGCGCCGGCGGCCAGCCAGACGGACGAUCGCGAGCGGGAGAGGGAGCGGGAUAGGGACCACCAUCUGCACCACCAUCAGUCCAACCACAAUGUGGCCUCCUCGCCGCUGCCCGUGAACGCCUCCAUUCAGUUGCACCAACAGCAGCAACAGCAGCAGCAGCAGCAACAACAAACGCUGACGCAAAUGCAGCAACCGCAGUUGAGGGAACGCGACCACCAUCAGCAGCAACAGCAGCAGCAGCAGCAGCAGAUGAUGCAGCAACCACCGCCGCAGCAGCAGCAGAUGCAGCAGCAGCAGCAGCAACUGCCGCACAGCCAUCACGCCCUCAUGCAGCAGUCGCAGCAGCAGCAGGCCAUUCAUCGAGCCGAGGCGCGAAGAGAUACACAAGCAAAACAUUCACAUGGAUUUCUCUAUUCGGACGAGGAAAUCAGCGAUAAGGCAUCAACAUGCGGAAAAUUGCUUAUAUUUCUCUCCGUGGCUCUUGUGAUAAUGACGCUGCCCUUCAGUCUUUUCGUUUGCUUCAAGGUGGUGCAGGAGUACGAGCGAGCGGUUAUCUUCCGUUUGGGUCGCCUCAUGCAGGGCGGUGCCAAGGGCCCAGGUAUCUUCUUCAUCCUGCCCUGCAUCGAUUCGUAUGCCCGCGUGGACUUGCGUACCCGCACCUACGACGUGCCACCGCAGGAGGUUCUCACAAAGGAUAGCGUUACGGUUUCGGUGGAUGCAGUGGUUUACUAUCGGGUAUCAAAUGCAACCGUCUCUAUCGCGAACGUGGAGAAUGCUCACCAUUCGACCAGGCUACUGGCACAGACUACUCUACGAAACACAAUGGGAACUCGGCAUUUGCAUGAGAUACUCAGCGAGCGUAUGACGAUUUCCGGCACGAUGCAGGUUCAACUCGACGAAGCCACCGAUGCCUGGGGCAUCAAAGUUGAACGUGUUGAAAUCAAGGACGUGCGUCUGCCCGUGCAACUGCAACGUGCCAUGGCCGCCGAGGCAGAAGCCGCCCGCGAGGCCCGCGCCAAAGUCAUCGCCGCCGAAGGAGAACAGAAGGCGUCGAGAGCUCUGCGCGAGGCUUCCGAGGUGAUUGGCGAUUCGCCGGCUGCUCUCCAACUGCGAUACCUCCAGACACUGAACACCAUAUCCGCGGAGAAGAACUCGACCAUUGUGUUCCCGCUGCCCAUCGAUUUAAUAACGUAUUUCCUGAAAACCAACGAGGCGACCACGCAGCAGAAUGCCAGAGCAGCUGCGGCAGCAAUUGGCAACACACCGCCACCGUUGCAACUGGCACCGCAGCAGCAGCAAGUUCAACAGCAGCAGCAGCCGCAGUACCAGCAGCCGCAGCAGCAGCAGCAGCAGCAAUACCAGCAGCAGCCGCAACAGCAACAGCCGCAGCAGCAGCAGCAACAGGAUCAACUUUAUCAGCAGGGGCAGCAGAUCUCAUCAGCCAUGUAAAUCAGCUUAAGAUCACCGAAGUUUCGGCUUUGUCGAUUCCAAAAUGUCCUGCACAAAGGCAAUACGAAAAUAGUGGGUUGGAUUUAAGAUUACACUUAAAAAUACUUCAGGGGCAUAAAAGCAUUAAUGUCUUCUUAGCAGAAACUCAUAUCCGAGUAUGGAUAUGUAUCUCGAGAUACAUUUAACAGAAUCGUAACCGAUUAGUUGACUAUAUUCCAUUUCAUGUUCUUGAGUUAGGUAACUCUUAUGUAUGUAUCUCAACUCUCCCUGUUCCUUGUUUUGUGGGAUGCAUAUUUUUUUGGGCUACUUGCUUAUAGAGGAUGAAAUAAGAUACGAAUUUCCCACAAGGAGACAUAACUGUUUUUAAAUUCCUAGGGGAGCAACCCCAACCCACAAAGGCCACUAUUUGUGCAGAGCAUUUCUAGUUCCAAAAACCAACGGAAACAACGAUUCAAGAGAAUCAAAAACUUAGUUCAUAACACCGAAAAGUGCGAUUUGAAUGAGUAUAGAGUAUAACUUUUCUAGUUUUACUACCAGAAGAUGCAAUUCUUAACAUUAAAUGUAGGACUUAGCAGUGCAACUAAGACCAGCACAAAACAAAUCAUGGAUUGUAAAUAUUCAAAUUACACAAUCUAUGGUCGCUCAGGUGAAAAUUCUAAAACCAACCAGUUUUGAAAAUGUAGAAUUACGAAACUCUGAAUAGUCAAAAAUGGUUGGUUUGGUUUUGUAUUUUCGCGCAGCCACAGAAGGUGUUUUGUAAAUUUUUAUGAGCAUGAUAUUUGCCCUGUUUAUUACGGGCGACUUUAAAACCUUUAGGGCAGUCGACAACUUUUCCAGUUAUAUUUAUGUAGGACUACGCUGACUUUUCUACAUCGAAGUAUAACUGCUUUAGGGUUCUCCUGGACUUAUCCAGGAAAGUUCAUAGGCCAUUGGCUUAAUUGCAGGAUUUUGAAAAGCUGUGGAAGUGUCCUACCAACUUAUAUAAAGUUGGGUUAGCUCACGUCCUCAGAUCAGAUCCGUUAUCAACAACAUUCGUAGGUCCAAAAUACGAAUGCCAAAACAAUAAAUAAGAGUAAUACGAAUUUAUUGUACAUACAAUAAACAAAUAGAGCAAUUAAGCCGAUGUAAGAAUUUUAUUAGUAUUGACACCGAUUAAAACUGUAGAUGGAGUGAAAGAAUUCAUUAAACACAACAAACACAUAAAGCGUGGUAAGUAAUCGCGUCGUCAUCUCUCUCGAAGUAGCUGGAGGCUACUUAAAAGCGUUAAUAGUAAAUGUCAGUAGAUGUCAAACAUAAAACAAAUAUAAUAAAGUGCAUUUGCAACACAGAAAUGUUUACUUUUUAGCGCACUUCAUUGAUUAAAAAAGAGUUAUUGAAUUAAUCAUAUAUACAUAUACAAACAUAACGAAUUACAUAUUAUGUAAAAUUUGCCUUUGAAAAAUUUUUAAACGGAAACGAUUUCAUUAAAAACAUACGUCUAGAUAUAUGUGUAAAGGAACAAUAAAAUUUCUUCAACUUUUUUGGUAUCCAAAAGAGCAAAAACAAAAGGCAA